AUGAUAUUCACCAGGAAAUACAAAGUGGUAACCCCUAGACCACUGAGGUUAGGUGGAGCAGAAAUUGCAUACGCCACCUCAGUGAGAUACUUAGGAGUUCAACUGGACCAGAAACUCCAUUGGAAGGAGUACAUCAAAACAGAGUUGAGCAAAACUUAUGCUUCUCUGUGGGCAUGCAAAAAGGGCAGAGAUUGUGGCUUCAGCCCCAAAAUCAGCAUAUGGCUCUAUAAAAUGGUGCUUUUGCAACGACUCAUGUCCGCGGCGGUGGUCUGGUGGCUCACGGCGGAAAGGGCGGAAGUAAGGAACCGGCUAAAAGCUCUCCAAGGAAAUUUCUUGAGAGCAGCAACCGGGGCCAUGAAAACUACACCCACAGACGCACUGGAGGCAGUACUCGAUUUGCCGCCGCUAGGCCUGCUGCUAGUGGGAAAAGCAGAAUUAACAGCAUACAGACUGGUAUGUCCAGGGGAAUGGAUCCCAGCCAGGGCAGCAUAUACGGAGUUAAACAGUCCGGCUGCCAUCAAAGCACUCAUAAAACCUAGCACAAAUUCAAAACGAAUCUGGGAAACCAUGGAGGAGCUAAAAAAGCUGGAAAAACACAACAAGACAACCUUGGCGUGGGUGCCAGGACACGGAGGCAUCCACGGCAACGAGAAAGCGGGCAGACUGACGAAGCAAGGGUCACUAAGUGAAACCGUAGCGCAACCAGUUGGUGUCCCCUCAGUCGUGGGCCAAAAAGCCAUUAAAAACAAGAUUCAGCGGGAACACACUCAUCGUUGGAAAAACAUAGAGAGCUGCAGGAAAGCCAGGGCAGCUAUGCUUGGCCCAAGCAGCACGAGAGCCAAACAGCUUCUCAACAUGGACAAGAAAGACCUGAGUACAGUGAUCAGGUUACUCGCAGGACAUGGGAUAUUUAAAGCCCAUUGCAAAACCAUAGGCAUCAGCGAAGAUGCCCUGUGUAGAUUUUGCAAAGUGGAACCAGAGGACUGCCUGCACAUCAUGUGCGACUGCCCAGCAUUAGCCGUGACGAGAUUGCAAUGCUGGGGAAUCGGCUUCCUCACUAGUGAUCGGAUCAGUAGAAGAAAAGCUUCGGACUUCUCAAGACUGGCUAUCAAGGCCGGGAUAGAGAUUUAA